UCUCCGAAACAAAGAGCGUCAAAGAUGGCGGACGAAGAUAUCGAGAUGGAUAAUUUUUCCGAAGGAAGGGCUGAAUCGGCCAGUGAUUUCGCCGGCGAGGAUGAAAACGAAAAGAUGGAUGCAUAUGACACACUGGAGAGUGAGCCUGAGAUAAGAGUGGACAGAAGCCUGACAGACAGUGACUUACUGAUUGCUUUAGCUCAGGUGUCUGAGAAUAAACACAUGAUGCCUGGAAAUGGGCACAUCAAACCUGACCUGAGUAUGAGUCUAAAUAGCAGUCUUGGUAGCCUUGGUAGCAGUCUGAGCAGCAGUGGAUUGCUUGUUAGUAAAGGCAAGGAAUCUACUGGUUCAGUGCCGAGGAAGUCAGCUAGAGGAAAACGAAAAUUAGACAGCAGUCAGCAAUUGUCUUCAUCUAAGAAAUCAAAGAGCGACGUGCCUCCAUCGCAGAAACUACCUCCACAUGGUUAUCCUUUAGAACAUCCCUUUAACAAGAUUGAUGUUUCAGCUCCUCAACUGAAGUUAUCUGAAGAUAGGUUAUCAGUUACAGGGGAGAAAGGCUACUGUAUGUUACGAGCCACUCAUGGAGUGUCCAAGGGUAAUUGGUACUUUGAGGCUACAGUAGACUUACCUUCAGACACAGCUACUAGGAUUGGAUGGUCACAACUGUACGGAAAUCUUCAAGCACCAUUAGGUUAUGAUAAAUUUAGUUAUUCUUGGAGAAGUAAAAAGGGAACAAGAUUCCAUGAGAGUAGAGGAAAACACUACAGCGAUGGAUACUCAACUGGUGAUGUAAUAGGAUUUUUUAUCAGUCUGCCAGAAAACAACAGACAUCCAGCGGAAUUUCUUCCACCCACGUUUAAAGAUAAGGCAUUAAUAAAAUUUAAAAGUCAUCUUUACUUCGAAGAAAAAGACCUUGUGGACAAGGCAGAAAAGAACCUAAAACCUUUACUUGGAAGUCAGGUAAAAUUUUACAGAAACGGUGUUUGUCAGGGCGUUGCCUGGCAAGAUGUCUACGACGGGACGUAUUAUCCAGCGGUAUCGCUCUACAAGAAUUCCACGGUCACUCUCAAUUUUGGACCCGAUUUCCAAUUUCCACCAAUAGAUGAAGAGUUCCAGCCGAUGAGCUACAAAGCUGUGGAAUUCGCCGUGGAACAGAGCUUAUCAGACCUACUGUUCCACGUGGAUUCACAAGAGCGACCCGUCCCGCUUCCCGAGAAAACCCUCGUGCCUCCAAAGAGGAAGUGACGCGAGCACAUGCAGCUCUAAAGGAACUGUUUCCAAACGUUUCGUACAAAGACGUCUUCCUUGGCGGCGUCAACAAUUUAUGCCCAAUUUACACGCCACUGCGUCGCUCUUCAAUGUCACUGAUUCAAAUUGAAAACGAAGAGGCUUCGCCUCCUUUACUCGGGGAUACAUUCUGAGUGUGGGUUCUCGCAAGCUAUUUUAGGCAGUUUUGACUUAUUGCCUCGUGAACGAAGGAAACCAUUUAGCUACGUUUCUUGGUAAAUGAAAAACCUUUUUGCAUCCAGUUUACCACAUUUGUAAAUAAGAUGAUAGGCGAAAAACGAAACAACUGAAUUAUUUUUUUGGUUUACGUUUGUGGCUAAGACUUGUACAUGUAAAGAAAGCUACUUCUGUGAAAAAAAAAAAAAUUGAACGCGCUUUCAACAAAUGCUGCUGUCUGUUUUUCUUGUGCAUGUUUCUGUAAGCUUUGAACGUGUACAUAACGAUGCAAUGCUGUAUUCAUAGCAACUGAUAACUAUUGUAAUAUACGAGUUCAGUAUUUUAUAAACUAUUUUACGCAGAAAAUG